AUGCAGCACGAGUCCUCCGUGGAGUUCCAGAAGAUCAAGAACGCUUUCCAGAAGUUCGGAAUCUGGUCGGACCAACCCUCUUCCAGAUUCCGCUGGAACAGGUACGCUUUCUUCUCAAUUUUCACGAUUUUCAACAUCAGCGGAGUCCUUGGUUUCGUAAAUGAGUCCAGAACUGGCAGUCUGACGGUUGUCUGUUCAAAUCUGGUCGUUUUUCUCCUUGGAGGGUACGCCAGUUGUUCUUUGAUAGUCUUGAAUAAGGACGAUUUUGGGUGUUGGAUAUCAGAAACUAACAACAAUCUUCCAGAUAUGUUCAAGAACGAAGCCUACAUGAACAGCCACCCAAACCAAAAAAUUCGCAGCAUCCACCGAAGGAACAUCAAGAAGGUCUGGCCCUACUUCUUGAUCACCCUAACAGGCUGGUCCAUCACCGUGGCAAUCAGCGUUUUCAACGUGGUCAUCUUCUACCACAUCUUCUCCCUCAAGAACCACAGGGAAGAAUGCUCCAGGAACCAAAACUGCAGGAUGCUCUUCAUGGGCUACUAUUACUUCCCCUGGGACGCAGAGGAACAUUACUGGGCGUCCAAUAUGGAGACCAUAGUCUUCGCCAUAGUGAACUGCAUCAUGAACCACAGUAAAGACCUGAUCUUUUCAUGUUUCAUCUGUUAUCUGAGAUGCAAGCUGAUGACUCUGUCCGAUGUCAUAAUAAAUUUCGAUGAUUUUCUGGAUUGCGUGGACGAAAGUGUGAGAUAUAAGGACAAAGUUGGGUUGAUCUUGAGAGAAUGUGCCAUUGAACAUCAAGAAAUCUUGUUGAAGUUCCGAGAACUGAAGGAGUUUCUAUCGGUAUUAUUCUUCUUCAUGCUCGUUUCCCAUGCCCCAGUGCUGGUGAAUACUGCCCUAAUUUUAUGGCAGGGAGAAAGACUGACGCCAUUUGCCAUAUGCAUUUACUGUGGCACCGUCUAUGGAUGUGGACAUCUCUUUUUGAUCCUCUGGCUAUCAGAACACUUAUCCAUCGAAAGCGUCCAAUUGGCUGAAUCGAUUUAUUUCUCCAAGUGGUAUGAGCUGGAUGUGAAGGAGCAGAAGAUGCUGCUGUUGAUGCUCAGCAGAGCUCAGAACCCUGUAGUACUGAGUUGUGGCGCUCUUUGCUCAGCGAGUUUGAGCACCUUCAUGAAGACCAUGAAGACCAUUUAUACGAUGUUGAACGCCAUAGCAAGCAUAGCAAAAUGA